UUUUAGUCAAUCUUGACAUUAAUUGACGGAGAUGGGGAGGAAGAGAAGGAAAAAGGGGAAAUUGGAGUUCUAGGGAUCUUCAUGGAUUGGGGAGAAUGAAUCCAUGCUAAAAUUGCAAUGGAUUUACACAAAUUUCUGAAGUGCCACUGUGGGUUUCAGAAUUUAUUUGAGCUUGGCCUUUCCUCUCUGCGAUAAGAAGUCGUUUGGAAGUCGGCCAGGUUUCUCUUUCAGCUGCUGCCAAUUUACCACUGGGGUCCUUGAGUAGUAACGUUUUAGAAUAUUAAGGAUUUGUAGCGUCAGCCACAAUUCAUUUCAGCCAUGCCUGGGGCUGGUUCCUUGCAAUUGUCUCAUGAUUUGGGACUUUGCAAGAGCCAGAGCCGUAGGCAAUUUAAGGAUACACUAGGAAGGAGCAGGCUACCUUCCUCAAGUGCUAGACUGUCUUCAUGUGUUUCGAGACAGGACAGCUGGACUCUUCGUGUUUUGGGAAGUACUUACAGAUCCACCUGCUAUGUACCAAAAAGAAGUAACACUUUAAGGUGCCAUUCUACGUUAGUACCUGGUCAAAUCCUUGAAUUUCCUGUCAUAAAGGCUGCUUCAGGAGCUUUGACGAGGGCCUAUAACAAUCUACAAGGCAGUCCUCUUGUACUCAGGAUAGCUCCAGCUGUAGGUAUUAUUGUAUUUGCUCUAUGGGGUCUUGCACCGCUUAUGCGUCAUAGCCGAAAUCUAAUACUGCGUAAAAAUGAUAACGGUUGGAAGAAGAGUAACACAUACCAUGUCACGACCUCUUACCUUCAACCUUUGCUGCUGUGGGCAGGUGCAAUAUUUAUAUGCAGGGCGCUGGAUCCUGUUGCUCUUCCCACAGAAGCUAGUCAGAUUGUCAAGCAAAGGCUACUUAAUUUCAUACAGUCAUUAUCAACUGUGCUGGCAUUUGCAUAUUGCUUAUCACGCCUGAUUCAACAGACCCAGAAGUUGUUUGUGGAAUCUAGUGAGAUCAACGAUCGAGGAAAUAUGGGGUUAGACUUUGCUGGGAAAGCUGUGUACUCUUCAGUGUGGAUAGCUGCUUUUUCACUCUUCAUGGAGUUGCUGGGUUUCUCUACCCAGAAAUGGCUUACUGCUGGAGGUCUGGGGACAGUAUUGCUCACCCUUGCUGGCCGUGAGCAGAUAUUUACAAAUUUUUUAUCUAGUGCGAUGAUUCAUGCUACUCGGCCUUUCGUUGUAAAUGAAUGGAUCCAGACGAAAAUUGAAGGCUAUGAAGUUUCCGGCACGGUUGAGCAUGUGGGUUGGUGGUCACCAACAAUAAUAAGAGGUGAAGAUCGUGAAGCAGUUCAUAUCCCAAACCAUAAGUUUACAGUGAACGUUGUGCGAAAUCUCAGUCAGAAAACUCAUUGGAGAAUCAAAACACAUCUGGCUAUUAGUCAUUUUGAUGUCAAUAAAAUCAAUACAAUUGUUGCUGAUAUGCGUAAAGUGUUGGCAAAGAAUCCUCAGGUUGAGCAGCAAAGGUUGCACAGAAGAGUAUUUUUAGAGAAUGUCAAUGCUGAAAAUCAAGCACUCAUGGUCAGUGCUCCCUUGAUGAAAGGAUAAUGUGCCACCUGACCGCAAAGUGGUUUUUCCAUACUUCAAUCUUAGUGUCGUGUUUUGUGAAGACGUCACAUUUUGAAGAAUAUCUCUGUGUAAAGGAAGGCAUACUGUUGGAUCUUCUAAGAGUGAUCAGCCAUCACCGUGCCAGACUGGCCACACCAAUCCGUACAGUGCAGAAGAUGUACACUGAUUCUGAUAUGGAAAACGUUCCAUUUGAAGAAUCGUUCUACAACAGUGAUACUGGUGUAACAUCUAAUCGUCCUUUGCUACUAAUCGAACCCUCUUACAAAAUCAAUGGAGAAGAUAAAACUAAAUCCCAAAGUCGAACAUCCCGAACAGUUGGAGAGCAAGAGAAUAAUAAGAACAUGCCACCUAAACCUUCAGUCGAGAUUCAAUCAGGAGGAAGUCAGAAGUCUGAUUCCAAAGUGAAAGAGACAGCAUCAGCAGCAGCAAAUGCAAAGGCGGAUGCCAAGGUUACCAAAGCAGCCCCAAAUCCUGAUGCCAACAAGAAGGCAGCAGAAAGACCAAGUUCCAGCGUCAAAGCUGCUGGCAAGCGUGUUGAUGAGCCUUCAGUUUCAUCAUUGGAAUCCCAACAGACGAAACAGGGAGGCGAGAGGAAAUCUGUCUCUCAACCUUCAACUUCGAGGCCUGCUGCCUUGGAGGAGAAUAUUGUACUUGGUGUUGCUUUGGAGGGAUCCAAGAGAACGUUGCCUAUCGAGGAAGAUGUCACUUCACCACUUGCUGUCCAAGGAGAGGUCAAGGAAACGGCUGGUGCUGGCCGACGUGACGGCAGCUCGGGGAUGGACAAGAAGAAAGAGGACAAUCAGGUUGCAACCAACUCUGCUGCAACUUCUUCUGGUGAUCAGUAAUGGGCACUGGAUCAUCCUGCUGCAAGUGGCUAAUUGAUCACAUUUUAAUCUUUGUAUUCUGAGUUGGGUUAUUACUUAACCACACUGUAAAUUCUUUUACGUGCCGUCGAUUGCCGUUCAGAGGGCUCUCUCUAAUCGGACGUGCAAAAAGUGCAUUCUUUUGUAUUUGAUGGCAAUGGCCAUUUUAUUUGGUUGGCCUUCUUCCAGUCACUCCCGUUAUAAGCAUU